CUGGAACACGUCAUAGCGGGUCUCAUGUUCUUUUCCGACACCACUCACCUGGCAAACUUCGGAACUGCGAAAGCUUGGCCGCUUUACCUUUAUUUUGGAAAUCUGACGAAGUACGCUCGGUCUAUGCCUCAAUCUGGAGCGUGCCACCUAGUAGGCUUUUUGCCUUCAGUGAGUCCUCCUGACUACUGUACACUUGUUUAUCGUAAUUUACAUUAA